UUUCAUUUUGUGUCUGUCUAUCGAAGAGAGUGCGGAGAGCCGGCUCGUCAAAGAGGAGUUCUUGGAAAAAUCGCAACACUUUGACAAAAAUGUAACUUUUGAAAAAUCGAAAGAUUCGUACUAACAAGUGAUCAAAGGAUUGAUGAUACAGAAGAAAAAAUAGAACAGUCCGCAGUGUGAAUUGUUAGUUUCGACAACAUGACUCCAGCGAUCAUCAUUGAUAGCGGUUCGGCCAACACCAAGCUUGGCUCGACUGGCGAUGAGGAACCACAAGCAGUGCUCCCCACUGUUUCCAUCAGUGAUAAGAAAACGCGUUUGAUUGAGCGAGGACUCGUCACAAACUGGGAUGAAAUUGAGAAAUUCUGGCAACACUGUAUUGAGAAUGAAUUGAAGAUGGAUCCGACACAGAAUCCGAUAUUUCUCACAGAGCCGCCUCUCAACCCACAGAAAGAUCGCGAAAGACAAGCAACAAUGUUAUUCGAGAAGUUCAACACUCCCAAGAUGUCUUUCGGAUUCCAGCCUGUACUGGCUCUCUACGCCUAUGGAAAGAUGGCAGGUUUUGUGCUUGACAUCGGGUACGGCACGAUGCAAGCGGUUCCAUGUGAAGCGGGAUUCUUCGUCCCAAAAUCCUACAAAAGAUCCAACCAUGCGGGACAGGAUCUGGACUUCCGUCUCAAGGAGAUGAUGCAAUCAAAAGGAUGUGACGUCAGUUUAGAAGUUGCGAGUGACAUUAAGGAGAAGCUUUGUUACGCCACACAAGAUUACGAUGCGGAAAUGAAGAAAGCUGAAGACAACAAACAAUACAAACUUCCUGAUGGAAAGGAAAUAGCUAUUGGGAGGGAGCGAUUCCAGUGCCCGGAACAUCUCUUUCAGCCUCAGUUGGGCGGAAGUGACGUACCCAGCGUUCAGAAGUUGGUUUGUGACGCGGUGGAAACACAAGGCGACAAAACAAUGUUCGAGAAUAUCGUGCUGACAGGGGGAUCCACAAUGUUUCCAGGAAUAAAAGAGUGGAUUGAAAAAGAAAUAACGGCGUUGUUGCAUUCACAGAAAGUGAUAAUCCAAGCCCAUGAUACCCGGAAAUUCAGUUCGUUCAUCGGUUCCGCGAUCCUAACCGCCCUUCCGACCUUUGAACCCCUCUGGAUCACAAAACAACAGUACGAAGAGAUCGGCACUGGCGUUGUUGCAAAGAUCGAAUAAUUCUUAAACUUAUAAACCCAAAGUUAUGAACAUAUACCUCAAACAACGACAAAUUUAUUCCUUUAUUUUGGUUUUUCUCUAACCCGAUCAACGACAAAACCUUGGCAUGAUUUUGAUAGACAAGUUUAACCAGCCUUUGAAUGGCUGUCUACCUUUGCUACAGAGUUGUUCCAACAUAAAUGUGCAAACUGUGUUUAAGAAUUCCCUGCGAUGACGUCACCGUCUCAUUACGUCAUGUUCCUUUUUCAAAAUUGUCAGCAUCACUAGUACUGGUAUCUUUUUAGCAUAGGAAUUGGACAACUGGCUUUAUAAUCUUUACCAUUGAUCAAAAUUAAAUAGAAGUUUGCCUCCAUAACGCAUCAAACCACAUGCACUUACAUUUUUUCCCAGAUUUUCUACCUUGUAUACAUUUCCUCCCUAAUUUCAUAUAAAUCUCAUAUUUCAUAUUCACAAUUUAAUACCCCGAAGUAUCACCGAGUAUGAACUUGCAAUGUUGAAAUUUGUCAUAUUUCAUCUCGUCUCAAUAGUUUCAAAACACCAUCUAAUGUUCAAUUUUACUCUACCAACAAGUGCCAUGAAUUUUUUCUUUGUAUAGCUUUUUUGCUCGUUCCUGAUUAUGUUUUAUCACACUGCAUUCAAAUAUUUUACGUCAUUGACAUGACGUCAUAUGUCUACAAAAUACUAAUACAUAACGUGAUAUCACGAAUUUUAUUUUGAACUACUCGGUACGUCGCUGUAUUUAUCCCAAACAUCACAAAAUACAGUACAAAAAUGACAAACUAACUUUGACUAAUCCGACCCAUAUUUUCUCUCUAAUGUCACAGA